AUGGAAAAUAAUUCAACAGAAAGAUAUAUAUUCAAGCCUAAUUUUUUAGGUGAGGGUUCUUAUGGUAAAGUUUAUAAGGCAUAUGAUACGAUUUUAAAAAAAGAAGUUGCAAUAAAGAAGAUGAAAUUAAAUAAGAUAAGUAAUUAUAUUGAUGAUUGUGGUAUAAAUUUUGUAUUAUUAAGAGAAAUUAAAAUAAUGAAGGAAAUUAAACAUAAAAAUAUUAUGAGUGCUUUAGAUUUAUAUUGUGAAAAAGAUUAUAUAAAUUUAGUAAUGGAAAUAAUGGACUAUGAUUUAGCUAAAAUAAUUAAUCGAAAAAUUUUUUUAACAGAUAGUCAAAAGAAGUGUAUACUUUUACAAAUUUUAAAUGGUCUAAAUAUAUUACAUAAAUAUUAUUUUAUGCAUCGAGAUUUAUCACCAGCAAAUAUAUUUAUAAAUAAAAAAGGAGAAGUCAAAUUAGCUGAUUUUGGUUUAUGUACAAAAUAUGGUUAUGAUAUGUAUUCAGAUAAACUAUUCAGAGAUACAUAUAAAAAAACUUUAAAUCUUACAAGCAAAGUUGUUACAUUAUGGUACAGAGCACCAGAAUUAUUACUGGGUAGUAAUAAAUAUAAUUCAUCUAUUGAUAUGUGGAGUUUUGGUUGUAUUUUUGCUGAACUAUUAUUACAGAAAGCUCUGUUCCCAGGAGAAAAUGAAAUUGAUCAAUUAGGAAAAAUAUUUUUCCUUUUAGGUACUCCUAACGAAAAUAAUUGGCCAGAAGCUCUUUGUCUUCCUCUAUAUACAGAAUUUACAAAAGCUACAAAAAAAGAUUUUAAAACAUAUUUUAAAAUAGAUGAUGAUGAUUGUAUUGAUUUGUUAAUGUCAUUUUUAAAAUUAAAUGCUCAUGAACGUAUCAGUGCAGAAGACGCUAUGAAACACAGAUAUUUUUUUAAUGACCCUUUGCCAUGUGAUAUAUCACAAUUACCUUUCAAUGAUUUAUAA